AUGCCACCAUUCACACGGCUUCCUCAUCACGUCUUGUUGCGACUCAUCUUGGCUGUCAAAGUCUACAAGGGUGUUGGUACGAUUAUCAGUUCGGAUGGGAAAAUGCAACUAAAUAACUUGGGAUUUUUGAACCCCGAGGGUCGCUCCAGAGCAUCUGACGAGAACGCCGGAGGUUAUGGUCGAGGGGAAGGAUGCGGCGUCCUUAUUCUGAAGCGACUAAAUAGGGCGCUUGAAGACGGGGAUUCUAUUCAAGCCGUUAUUCAAGCCGUUAUUCAAGCCGUUAUUCAAGCCGUUAUUCAAGCCGUUAUUCAAGCCGUUAUUCAAGCCGUUAUUCGAGCCGUUAUUCGAGCCGUUAUUCGAGCCUCUGGCUUGAAAUCAGAUGGUUAG